AUGGUCUCCUUAAAUAUUGGUAGUCUUCCUCGUCAUUUUGAAGAAUUACGCACUUGGUUGUCAGAACAAAAUAUUGACUUAAUAGCUUUGAUUGAAACACGCUUAGAUAGAGAUGUAACUGACAAUCAUGUUAAACUUGAUAAUUAUCAAUUGAUUAGGAAAGACCGAAACCGAUAUGGUGGGGGAGUUUGUACAUAUUUGAAAAAUCACAUCAAUUGCAAGGUUCGGUGCGAUGUUAUGUCCGAUGACACAGAAACCAUUGUGAUUGAUAUUAUAAAGCCAAACAGUAAACCAUUUACCGUGGUAGUAAGUUACCGACCACCUGAAAGCGAUCCGGAUAUGUUUUUUGAUCAUAUGACUAGUAUUUUUAAUUUACUUGACAAUGAACAAAGAGAAACAUAUUUAUUAGGAGAUUUAAAUUGUGAUCUGCUUUCCGAAAGGAGUCGUCGACCCAUAACGUUAUUAAACUCAUUUUCUGAAUUAUUUCAGCUUGAACAACUUAUCAAAGAGCCCACCAGGUGUAAUGAAAAUAGCCAAACCUUAAUUGACGUGAUUCUUACAAACACCCCAGAAAGAGUUGUUACAUCAGCUGUUCUACACUUGGGCAUAAGCGAUCAUAGUUUGGUUUACGUUGUGCGCAAAGUCGCUAUCAAAACUAAGAGCAGGCAUCGCGUUGUUAAUAUUAGAUCCAUGAAAAACUUCAACAGCUAG